AUGGCGCCCCCGCCCUCCUCGCUCUACACGCUCUCCUUCGCUCUUGCGCUCCUCGUUACACUCUUCGUUGCCGCUUCGCUACGUUUGCUUGCAAUCCUGCCCAAUGCACGACCAAGUAAGGCGCAACUGCGCGGUCGGCCAACCACUGCGCGCGUCCUCGUGGUAUUAGGCUCGGGCGGUCACACGCACGAGAUGUUCGCUCUGCUUCGAGACCUCGACUCGCGGAAGUACACACACCGAACCUACGUAGUCAGCAGCGGCGACGCAUUCAGCGCACAGCGCGCCGGAGCUUUCGAGAAAGCGCUGGAGGAACGGACAGCGCGCGCUCAGGCCGGAGAGGAAGGGUCGGUUGCAGCGGAGGGAGGUGCGCCUCAGAUUGCUCGGAAUGGCAGGAAGGAGACGAAGAGGAGGGAGGAGCGAUGGCACUGUGUGGGUCCGGAGUGCUAUACGAUUGCUACCAUACCGAGGGCGAGGAGGAUACAUCAACCACUCUACACCACGCCGUUCUCCGCGCUUCAAACGCUCCUCGCAGCGUUCCACCCCCUGCUCGGCACGUCAGAGUCGGAUCUUCCAACGCUGAUCAUAACCAACGGCCCCGCCACAGCCGUCAUCCUCAUCCUCGCAGCCUUUAUCUUGCGCUUCUUCAACGUCCGGGGCGCUGAGAGCCGAGGGCUGUGUCGGACCGUGUAUGUGGAGAGUUUCGCGCGGGUCAGGACGCUGAGUUUGAGUGGGAAGUUGCUGGUCAGGGUUGUGGAUCGGUUUCUUGUGCAGUGGGAGGGGCUGGAGGGGUAUGCUGGGCGGGCGGAGUACUGCGGUAUACUCGUGUGA